UCUUGCGGAAGUCCAUGCGCCAUUGGGAGGGACUCGGCGGCUGCUCUAUGCCCUUGUUCCUGAGGGCCUCUUCCCGGGUCAUUGCUGGAGCAAGAGUCGGACUGGGGCCGACACGGGGCUCCCCCGUGGCCGUCUCGGCAUCUGUGUGUGGUCUGCGCUGGCGGGAUGUGGCGAGCACGUCGGGCGGCGGUGGCCUGUGACGUCUGCCAAUCCUUAGUAAAACAUAGCUCUGGACUACAAAGAAACGUACCACUCCAAAAACUACAUCUGGUUUCACGAAGUAUUUAUCAUUCACAUCAUCCCACCCUCAAGCUUCAAAGACCCCAACCAAGGACAUCAUUUCAGCAGUUCUCCUCUCUAACUAACCUUUCUUUACAUAAAUUGAAACUUUCUCCAGUUAAAUAUGGCUACCAGCCCCACAGGAACUUUUGGCCAGCAAGGUUAGCUGCAAGGCUCUUAAAACUUCGAUAUAUCAUACUGGGAUCUGCUGUUGGAGGUGGCUAUACAGCCAAAAAAACCUUCGAUGAAUGGAAAGAUAUGAUACCAGACCUUAGUGACUAUAAGUGGAUUGUGCCUGACUUUAUAUGGGAAAUUGAUGAGUAUAUUGAUUUGGAGAAGAUUAGAAAAGCCCUUCCCAGUUCUGAAGACCUUGCCAAUUUGGCUCCUGACCUGGACAAGAUUACUGAAAGCCUCAGCUUGUUGAAGGACUUCUUCACUGCAGGUCCCAAAUUGGUUAGUGAAGUCAUAGAAGCUUCUGAGCCACUUCUCUUGUUAGGCUCACCUGGAGAAACAGCAUUUCGAGCAACAGAUCAUGGGUCCGAAAGUGACAAGCAUUACAGGAAGGGUCUGCUUGGUGAGCUCAUUCUCUUACAACAGCAAAUCCAAGAGCACGAAGAGGAAGCACGCAGAGCCGCUGGCCAGUAUAGCACGAGCUAUGCCCAACAGAAGCGCAAGGUGUCAGACAAAGAAAAGAUUGACCAACUUCAAGAAGAACUUCUGCAUACUCAGUUAAAGUAUCAGAGGAUCUUGGAACGUUUGGAAAAGGAAAACAAAGAGCUGAGGAAAUUGGUACUGCAGAAGGAUGACAAGGGCAUCCACCAUAGGAAACUCAAGAAAUCUUUGAUUGAUAUGUAUUCUGAAGUUCUUGAUGUCCUUUCUGAUUAUGAUGCCAGCUAUAAUACACAAGAUCAUCUGCCACGGGUUGUUGUGGUCGGAGAUCAGAGUGCUGGAAAAACCAGUGUGCUGGAAAUGAUUGCUCAAGCACGGAUAUUCCCACGAGGAUCUGGAGAGAUGAUGACACGCUCUCCAGUGAAGGUGACUCUCAGUGAAGGCCCUCACCACGUGGCCUUGUUUAAAGAUAGCUCUCGAGAAUUUGAUCUCACCAAGGAAGAAGAUCUUGCAGCAUUAAGACAUGAAAUCGAACUCCGGAUGAGGAAAAAUGUGAAAGAAGGUUGUACUGUUAGCCCUGAGACCAUAUCUUUAAAUGUCAAAGGCCCUGGGCUGCAGAGGAUGGUGCUCGUGGACUUACCUGGUGUCAUCAACACCGUGACAUCAGGCAUGGCUCCCGACACAAAGGAAACUAUUUUCAGUAUCAGCAAAGCUUACAUGCAGAAUCCUAACGCCAUCAUCCUGUGCAUCCAAGAUGGAUCUGUAGAUGCUGAGCGCAGUAUUGUAACAGACCUUGUCAGCCAGAUGGAUCCACAUGGAAGAAGAACCAUAUUUGUUUUGACCAAAGUAGACCUGGCAGAAAAAAAUGUAGCCAGUCCAAGUAGGAUACAACAGAUAAUUGAAGGCAAGCUCUUCCCAAUGAAAGCUCUGGGUUAUUUUGCUGUUGUAACAGGAAAAGGAAACAGCUCUGAAAGCAUUGAAGCUAUAAGAGAAUAUGAAGAGGAAUUUUUUCAGAAUUCAAAACUGCUAAAGACAAGCAUGCUAAAAGCACACCAGGUUACCACAAGAAAUCUAAGCCUUGCUGUGUCAGACUGCUUUUGGAAAAUGGUUCGAGAGUCGGUUGAACAACAGGCUGAUAGUUUUAAAGCAACACGCUUUAACCUAGAGACGGAGUGGAAGAAUAACUACCCUCGCCUGCGAGAGCUCGACAGGAAUGAACUGUUUGAAAAAGCUAAAAAUGAGAUCCUGGAUGAAGUCAUCAGUCUGAGCCAGGUCACUCCAAAGCACUGGGAGGAAAUCCUUCAGCAGUCCCUGUGGGAACGAGUGUCCACGCAUGUGAUUGAGAACAUCUACCUCCCGGCUGCCCAGACCAUGAAUUCGGGAACAUUUAACACCACAGUGGACAUCAAGCUUAAACAGUGGACUGACAAGCAGCUUCCUAAUAAAGCAGUCGAGGUUGCUUGGGAGACCCUACAAGAGGAAUUUUCCCGCUUUAUGACAGAACCCAAGGGAAAGGAACACGAUGACAUAUUUGACAAACUUAAGGAGGCUGUGAAGGAGGAGAGUAUCAAGAGGCACAAAUGGAACGACUUUGCAGAGGAUAGCUUGAGGGUCAUUCAGCACAAUGCUUUGGAAGACAGGUCCAUAUCAGAUAAGCAGCAGUGGGACUCGGCCAUUUACUUCAUGGAGGAGGCACUUCAAGGUCGUCUCAAGGACACUGAAAAUGCUAUUGAAAAUAUGAUUGGGCCAGACUGGAAAAAGAGGUGGAUGUACUGGAAGAACCGGACCCAAGAACAGUGUGUUCACAAUGAAACCAAGAAUGAAUUGGAAAAGAUGCUGAAGGUUAAUGAUGAGCACCCAGCCUAUCUUGCAAGUGAUGAGAUUACCACAGUCCGGAAGAACCUGGAAUCUCGAGGAGUUGACGUCGAUCCAAGCUUGAUUAAGGAUACUUGGCAUCAAGUUUAUAGAAGACAUUUCUUAAAAACAGCUCUAAAUCAUUGUAACCUUUGUCGCAGAGGUUUUUAUUACUACCAGAGGCAUUUUAUAGAUUCUGAGCUGGAGUGCAAUGACGUGGUCCUGUUCUGGCGGAUACAGCGCAUGCUCGCCAUCACUGCCAACACAUUAAGGCAGCAACUUACGAACACUGAAGUCAGGCGGCUAGAGAAAAACGUUAAGGAGGUGUUGGAGGACUUUGCUGACGACGCUGAGAAGAAGGUUAAAUUGCUCACUGGUAAACGAGUGCAGCUGGCAGAAGACCUCAAGAAAGUUAGAGAAAUUCAAGAAAAACUUGAUGCUUUCAUUGAAGCUCUUCACCAGGAGAAGUAGACUGUGUCAAAAUCCUGCUCAUAAUGUAAUCACCUCUGCAUACAUUUGAAGAACGAAAACUUCAGUCUUUUGUCCUGCCUCCUCUUCUCCUGUUCUACCCUUUUCAGUGCAAAAUAAAGUCACAGGGUAAAAUUAAUGUACGUGUGUUACAGGCACUUAACCCACAGCUGCCUUUUGAGCAGAAGAACACUGGAAACGGCAUCAUGUUCUGUGUGCUUGUGCUGACAGCAAACACUGGGAAAACAUAGUUGGUGUAGCCAUGAAGCUUAGUCCUCAAAGAUAAGGAAGUUACUCUCUCAAGUCUUAUUUGUGGUGGCACUGAUGUGACUUAUUAUGGGUAUUAUCAGACAUACAGUGGUAGCUGCUUUGGAAUAAUACUUACAGUACUUUUUUAAAAGGCAUCACUUGUAUAUGACGAGACAGUGGUUACUGCUAAGUGGUUACUGUCUACAGUGUUCUGUAUCUAGGAACACUUUGGCUACAAUGAUUCAGUUUAUGUUCACCACAUGAAAGAAGGCUGGUUUAUAAAAGAAUGCUUCAGAUGGGUUAAUUGGUGUUGGACAGUUCAGUAUAUAUUCUGUGAAGGAAACAUCCACCCUCCCUCCAUUGCCAGCUUAGAAACUCGCCUUGGAAGCCAACUGCAGCAGCCUAUGGUCCAUUGCUGCUUUUGCACUCUGUAUCCAUUCACAAUUAGUUCAUUUCGAAUAUUGUGUGCUCUUGGUCGGGCUUUCUGGAACAGUAGGUCUCUCCUGUUGACCCAGCCACUGAAUUAUGACCCAAGAUGGAGAAGACUAAAGGUCAGCAGUUGACAAAUUUCAUUUAGAAUGCUGUCUAUCAAAUGUCUGAGCUAGGCAUCAGGAAAGGCUACACUACAGCCCUCAAACACUGUUUUAAAUACAAAUUAUUCUAACAAAUGGAAGAAUGUUGACCCACUCCUUCUUAAGGCUAAAAAUUCUAUUUAAUUCAUUGCAUUUCAGUUAUAGUAAUAACCUUCAUAAUAUUUUCAUGUGCUUUAUUUAAAAUGAUAUUGGUUAAAAGAUCUUAAAGCAAACAAGUACUCCCUAUUUACUUCAAGUGUCUUUUUCAUCUGCUACCUUUUCCUUAAGGUUCUCAUAAAAAUGCCCAGGGUUGCAGUUGUUAUUUUACAGUUAAUUUUAUAACUAGUUUCCUUGGAAUUGUUUUUGUUUAUGGUUCCCUUGAAAUCUGACAGUGUGGAAGGGGCAGGUUUUAGAAACCAUGACGCCAGUAAGUACUCUACUUAAAUUAUCAAUGAGCUUAGGCACAAUUCUCAGAGACACGAGCAGUGCCCAUGAUUCCCUAGGAUGAGUCCUUGUAGGUGUGGGACGGUGGUGAACAGAAGCUCUGGAGAGCCCUGCUCCGAGUCGCACAACUAUUAGGAGGUGCUCGUUCUAAGCCAGUGGUUCUCAACCUGUGGGCCAAGAGCCCUUUGGGAGCUUCUUAUCAGAUAUUUACAUUAUGAUUCAUAUCAGGAGCAGAAUUACAGUUAUGAAGUAGCAACAAAAUAAUGGUAUGGAUGGAGGUCAUCACAACAUGAGGCACUGUAUCAAUCUAAUGUCACAGCAUUAGAAGGGUUGAGAACUACUACCAUAAGUAAGCCCUGCUAGCCUGACUGUCGGGGAGGUCCUGGCUGAGACCAGCAGGAGAAAUCUACAGGUUUCUCCCAAGCGAAAGGCUUAGGCUGGGCUCAUAUCUCUUUAUACUUUUUUUUUUAAGUGGAAGAGAACUUUGGUUUCUUUGAGGGGAUCAGAGUUUAUAACUCCAAUUUAAAAGUAGAUUACCAAAACCCCUGUCAUUCUUCACCCCCAGAGGUUAUUUGUAACCUGAUUUUAUGGUAACUGUGCCCCUAACCUCCUGAAAGCUAGGAGUUUAUGAAAUGCAGAAAUUAUGGGAAGGAUAAAGUUGAGUCCCAGCAGUAGACCCUGUGUAUCAUGAUGUAGUUCAGGUGCUCAGCAUACGCAAGUUAAACUCUUUGACUGGACAAGAGACUAUUUCCAAAGAAUGGAGUGGGUGAAUUUUUUGUUUUUUAGAUGAAGUUUUAUUUGGAGAACUAAGGGAUUUUAAGUAGAUCAUAAGCAAAAUGACUUGGUCAGACUGUCAGUUAUAAAUCCCCAGUCUGUACAGCAUGGACCACAGGAGACAAGCUUGCCACUUGAGCCACACAGCAGGCAAGCUGCAGUUACAGGGGCAGCAGUCUGCGCCGUCCUCUUAGUCUCUCCUCCUUCUCCUCCUCAGUCUCCCAGGCUAUAGUCAGUGGACUCCCACAGAUCACUCAAGUGACCAAAUAGAAAGGGACAGUGUAGAAGCCAGGGAGACUUGCUAACUGUACAAGUGUGGAAUGUCACAUGCAGGACUCUGGUGGCAGAAGCAGGACAAUCACAAGUAAAAGGCAAGCCCAAGCUACACAGGGGCACCCUGUCUCAAAAACAAAAAUAAUUAAGAGUGUAGGCUCAGAAGGCAAAUUUCUUAUCUAGUUAAUUUUGUAUUUAUUUAUUUCAGAUGUAUGUAUCUGGUAAAAGAAAUGUUUGUUUGGGUUUUUUUUUUUUUCUUUCCAAUAAAUGAGAUCACGGUACUGGUGUAUCUCCAUCCUCUAUACUGGUGUAUAGUAGAUUGUCUUACACUGUAGCAAUGGAAAUGUGCUUGAAAAUCUGCUUACCUUCUAAACGGUCAUGGCUAUUUGAUAUCUAAAUAUUUAAAACUUAAUUAUGUCUUCACUGUGCACUGACUGGACUUUGUAUUAUUUUUAAACCUUACACUUGAUGUAAAUGUUACUAUAACUUACUUAUAUUUGCCUGUGCUUGAUCUAAGGUCAUUUGUGUAGAUGGGUAAUUAAAGGAUACUGAAGUGAUAUUAUAA